ACCAGUCGAGGCUUUCCCACCGACCGCGACACACAGCUCGUCACCUACGCUGAAUGAACUCAAAACUUAUAUCCGUUGUAAAUCGAACAGUGACGUAAACAGUUAGAUAGUAAGAGUGAUGAUAAAGUGAAAGGUUAUCAGUGAAUACAAAAUUGUGCACACGUUGUGUUGUUGGAUUUCGCGCCAAACUCUUCGAAGACGCCACGGCAUCGGUGACAAACAAGUUUUGUUGUUGAGAUCCAGUUAUAAAGGGUGUUUCAGGCCAGCCGACGGGAUGGGAAUGGGCGGCACGAUGGACAGUUGCGGGCGAUGUAUGAAGUUCUCGCUGAUAUGCAUCAACGUUGUUACCUUUAUCGGCGGUCUUCUGGCGCUGGCGCUGGGCGCGUGGGUGUGGGUGACACGCUCCUUCUCCAGCACGCUCAUGAGCAACAACAUGUUCAUCGCGUCCGUAGGCGUGGUCGUGGCCACGGGGGCGGCCGUCAUGCUGCUCGCGCUGCUCGGCUGCUGCGGCGCGGCUAAGGAGGUCAAGUGCAUGCUGCUAACGUAUUACAUCCUCGUGUUCAUAAUUUUCGUGCUGAUGCUUGUUGGAGGCAUCUUGCAGUUCGUGUUUCGAGAAAAGGUGCUGAGCACCCUAGACCGCGAGAUGUUCGCGUCGAUUCCGUUUUACGGCGUGCGGCCGGAGUACACGCGCGCGUGGGACGACACACAGACCAACCUGCAGUGCUGCGGCGUGCACAACUACAAGGAUUGGAACGGGAACGUGCCCGAGAGCUGCUGCAAGGAGGUCUACCCGGGCAAGCGCAUGGACUGCAAGUACUCGAGCAACCCGGCGAACAUGUACAUGGACGGCUGCCUGCCGCAGACGGUGGCGUUCCUGCGCGAGAACGCCGUGUACGUCGGCGUCAUCGCCAUCAUCGUGGCGUUCAUCAUGUUGCUGGGCUUGAUAUUGUCGUGCGGGCUCUUCGUGAAGAUAGAGUGAAACAGUGCUAUUUAUCUCGCUCUAACAGAGGUAGCGUUCUUACCUGGUAUGCAAGAGACGUCUACAGAGCCACAGUGUAAUGGCGCCUACACAGUUACACACUUCGCCAUAUUUGUGCAAAUUGGUAGGUAUCUUCUUUUCGUGAAAUUUCGAUUGUAAAGCUGAAUUUUAUUGCUACACAAAUAUUAAACUAGGUCAUGUAGGCGCUAUUACAAAUGACUUACAAUUGUGUGCGAUGUAACGAUUUAGGUACUGAGUAUACGAUAUCAAAUAAGACCACUUGAUAUUAGAGCAUUUCGUGCAAUAUCGUUGCAAUUUUCUAACUUAUUCUUAUUACUUUUGUAAACAUAUAAUGACAAUGUAUGUUGUAUGCACACUAUAUUAUAUUUCUUUUAUAUACCUGCCACGCCUUAUUGCCUGCUACGCCGCGGUCCUGGGUUCGAAUCCCGGUAAGGGCAUUUAUUUGUGUGACGAGCACAGAUAUUUGUUCCUGAGUCAUGGAUGUUUUCUAUGUAUAUAAGUAUUUAUAUAUUAUAUAUAUCGUUGUCUGAGUACCCACAACACAAGCCUUCUUGAGCUUACCGUGGGCCUCAGUCAAUCUGUGUAAGAAUGUCCUAUAAUAUUUAUUUUUUAUUUUUAUUUUAUAUGACACAUUUCACUUCUUACAUUGUAGGUUAUUUUGAGGAUACAGAGAUGUUACUGUGCAUUAUUGUCAUUACAUUGCAAUGGUUACUAAUCUAAUUCCAACUUAUAAACAUAUCUUAGACGUUAAUUGUAGGUAUAUGUAUAGGUAAUAAUUAUAUGUGUGUCGCUUAACUUCAAACUUGGGUAAAUCCAUUCUGCUUUAAGGUUGAAUAUACAAUAAAAUUAAAAAAUACAAUGUGAUCUGGAAGAUAAUCCACCUUAUACCAGAAUGGAUUUACCCAGUUUUGAAGUUAAGCGAUACAUGUAGGUAUACCUAUGUAUUUGUAAUGUUUCCCUGUUUGUAAUUAACUUUUUGUAAUAAAUAUUUCAAAAUAAUAUGUAUACCUAUCUAGAUUUCGAAAUCUAUAUGUAUAGUUAUUUUGGAGUGAUUCAAUCUCAGAAAACUGUAGUACAACAUUAGAUUAUAUUAGGUACUUGAAUAUAAAAACUAUAUGUUGCGUUCCAUGCCUAAGGGUGAAGUCACAUCUAUCAGCAUCGAGCCGCAUUUUGUGUAUGAGAUAUCGCUCGUUAAGUAUAUGAACAUGCGUUCGCAUGGUUUCAGAUUUCCGAUGCGUAAUAAGCGUCUUCAUAAUAAGCGAUUUCUCAUACAUAAAAUGAGGCUCGAUGUUGAUAGAUGUGACUUCACCUUAACGGGUCCUCUUCUCCUCGUGAUUCGAAUGCAAUAAGAACCAUUUUUAUCAUAAUUUGGAAUUCUGGUGGAAUUCAGGAUGUAAAGGACCUAAUUUAAGCAACCUUUGGAUUGGAAUGUCCUAUGCGAGUCAUAAUUUUAGCUGGUAUUAUUCUUAAUAAGCAAAUAAAGUUUACGGUUAAUAUUUUAUACAUAAGUUGCACAUGCAAGCAAUAUCAGUGAAAAUUAUAUUAAUAAGUUUUUUUUUCUAAAUGAUGUUUUAAGGUGUUUAAUGGUGCAUUGCGUGCAAUUUUACAAAUAUUACCUAAUUUUCUUUGCUUAUUAUUUAUUAUGUCCACUUAAGGCGAAAUAACGUUCGAUAUGUUUCGAUACAUAUCCGAGGAUCUUUUUCAAAGAGUAAUUAUGUCCACUUGUUUAGCUAUAAACUAAAUAAUUAUAUCUAUAGUCCGUUCCUGAAGAGAAGGAUUGUGAAAGAUCCAAUCACGGAAAUAACAGUUUUUGUGUUCUGUGGAUUCGAUAUAAAUUUUACGAUUUUUCUUUUCGCACAGAAAGCAAACCACCUAUUUGAUGUGUAGAGAUAAAUAACGUCCACUAUUUGUACUUUUUUAAAUUAUUCAAUAAACAUUUUAAAAGUGCAA